UCACACUGGUCAGUUUAUAUGCAAAUUUACAAACCUUGUGUUUGAUAUGGAAGGUAAAGGGGAGGUCCUGUACAGAAUUGUGCCCUGGGAUGACAGUGUGUUAGAUGACUUAGGCCAAAAGGAGCCUGCAGGACCUCUGUACAGUAUUGAAUGCAUUGAAGGUUCGAUCCGUCACCUGCACUUUCCACAUUGUGAGACCUGUAAAGACAAGGGUAAACUGACUGUGGCACAUGUGACUGGUGGUGUGGCGAUCAUUCAGCCGCUAACAGUAACAAAUACACACGUGAUUAUAAAAAUUCAGAAUCUCUCCUGCUUUGGUUUAACACAGCGUUGUAGUGGAUCUCCUAUCAAAGCCCAAGUUCUACUGUUCUACAAAAAAAUGACAGACCACAGGAUUAAUAAACUGCACAUCCACCUGUUGCCAGCAAAUGUGCCAGUUAAAGAGGUGCAGAAACAACAUGAAAGCUACAUGUACAUUGAGACAACCUCCAAUUGUGAUCUGAGCCCAGGUAAAAAAUACAGACCAUGCUGUAAAUCUACUGACCACGAAUACGCACCCAAACCAGAGGUAGUUAAGUUUCAUCGUGACUAUGGCCCCAACUUUCAUCCUACAUUCGAGGUGUCCUUAAAUUUUGAGGCUACUGAAGUUACAUUAAUACUUUUGGAUAAAAGAGGCAAACCGGUGUGGACUCCACCUGAAGUCUUGCUUACAGGUACAGCGAGAGCCUCACUCAGAUUGGAUUCUACAGGUGCUGACUUUGUUGAUAAUCACAGGGAAGAGCUUAUUCAGAGACUUCCCUCUGUAAUGGAGAUUGCAGACCGUCUAAUAGGCAAGGAAAUGAUCAGUAAUGAAAUGUACAGUAGCAUUAAGAUGAAGGAAACACCACAAGAUAAAAUGAGAGAACUGUACAUGUGUCUCGACUCAGGAGGAACAUCUGUGAAAGCAGAAUUUUAUAAAAUCCUCAGGGAGAAAGCGAGUUACAUAGUGGAUGAUUUAAGUCAAGCCUAGCUUAAUAAACCUUGAACGUCUUUGUAAAUGCAGUUUGUAUUGCAUACCAUAAUUAGUACUUUUGUAUUGUGCAAUUGUGUGUGAAAUAGGACAUUUUGUAUAUUUUUAUGACUUUUUAAUUGUGUACUUUUGAGUCUCUACCAGUUUGACUUUUAGUAUCAUUGAUAUAUUAAUUGUAGCAUUUAAGACUCUGAUGAUUUGGUGUGCAAGUAAAGUACGCACCAAAAUAUGCAGUACUGAAAUGAAAAGUCAAACACUAUUACCUUUUUGUCAUCUGUGAGUUUGUUUCUCCUAAAAGAAACUAACACACACAUUUAGCGCUUUGAUUUACCAUGGUCUGCGUAAUGUAAGUGUCUGAAGUGUGUGUGCACUGCCUUUCUAUAGACAUAUAAUUC